AUGGGUCGGUGGACAGAUCACCUCUUGAUUCCUGCCCUGGGCCUGGUCGUCGCUCUGGCACCAGUUUCCCACGCAAAGACUGUCACCGUCGGAACCUCGACGGAUCUCAUCACCAAGACGUCCAUUUCCACCGUGACCAGUACCAUCCCGGGUUGUACCUUUCCAACCGCGGUGGGCGCUUGUAGCGAUGGGUUGGCCUUUGAUAGCGGCAGCGUUGAUGCCUGGAAGGAGACUUGCGGAGUGAAUUGGUCUCCGAACAAUUUCCUCUUCGGAGUUCAAACAAGUUCCAUUACGCAGAUCAGCGAUUGCUGCGCCCCAGAGGGUCUCUUCCGGGGGAAAUUGGCAACUUGGUCAACGGCUGUCUCAAACGACCAACACGUGCACUACCAGCACCGUGGUCACGGAGUUCGAUGUGAGUACGUCGCUGGUUCCAGUCAUCUCGACUGUCACGGAACCCUCGACCACGCCGACACCGACACCGACACACCGACGCCCUCGCCUGUUCGGUCCUCGACGCCUAUUCGGUCCUCGACGCCUGUUCGUUCCUCGACACCGGUUCGCUCGCCUUCACCUGUUCGUUCAUCCUCGCCGGUCCGUUCUUCGUCGCCAAGUCGCUCUUCGUCUCCAAUUCGAUCGUCGACCCCGGUCGUCUCUACGACCAGCGUCUCUACCCAGUCCUUUAUCUCGACUUCUUCUUCUUCUUCUUCUUCUUCUUCUUCUUCUCAGACCACCUCGGCCACGGUGACAUCCUCUAUUCAGAGCACCACGAGUGCAACAACCUAUACGGUCACGGAGACACAGGUCCGCACGAUCACCUCUUGCGCCGCUACCGUCACCAACUGCCCAGCCCAUCAAAUGACCACUCAUGUGACCACCGAAACCAUCACUCGUGUGGUCACCGAGUGUCCUGGUAAUCCCAGUACUCUUGGCACCUUGCCUGCCGUGACCGGCACUGCACUUCCCCAGACAACCGUGAAUCAGGUCGGACAUCAAGUCUCGGAGACCGGCGUCUCAGCGUCAGCUUUGACUACUUCAACCGUCUACGUCACCGCAAUCCAGACGGUGACGGCCUGCCCGUCGUCCAUUCACCACUGUCCCGCUAGCCAGCAGACGACUUAUACCACCACCCAGACUGUCAGCUCGUACACCGCCACUUACUGGGUUGUAGCUACCCAUAUGGCCGGGUCUCCAGCCUACGACGUGGGAGCUCAGUCCGGCCCAACUCAGCCUGGAACCAUUCAGACUCUUCAAACUGUCCACUCAGCCAUCUCUUCAUCAACUUCUGCUCCUGCUCAAGGCACGAGCAAAGCUGGCAUUGUCUCUUUCAGCUCCACACCACUGACCUCGCAUGCUUCCAUGACCGGCUCGAUCUCUGGAAACCCUUCCUCGUCGGUGUCGACCACGGCAUCAGGCCCCGUCUUUAAUGCUGGUACUAAGAUGGGACCGACCUCGACCGUGUUUGCCAUGGUAGCAGCCAUCUUUACAUUCUUUUUCUUCUAG